UUUUGGGUUAUUAUUCAUGUUGACUGACAAAUUAACGCAGAUUCCAACUCCUUUCCCUCGCUUUCCUCCAAAGCAGGUGGGAGAAACACACGGCGUUUUGGGCAAGCAACAAAGCUGGUUUUGGUACUGGUGUGGGUAGGCGACCUGCCGAAGAAACAAUAGGAGACGGCAAAACGGCAUCGGAUAACCUAGCUGCAGCAACGUCCUUGGAGGGCAAGGGUGUGAGGAGCAAAGAUACAUGUAUUUACCAAGCUUCCAUUCAAUUUGUUACUAAUUUAUAAUUACUUUUGCUUGUGGAUUAAGUUUGCUGCAGAUUAUAGACAUGGCCGCUUCAUCAUCUUCUUUUCAAGAAAAGUAUGAGGUGUUUCUCAGUUUCAGGGGCGAGGACACCCGCGAUGGUUUUACUGGACAUCUUUAUAAUGCUCUGUGUAAAAAGCAUAUCAACACAUUCAAGGAUGAUGAAAACCUGGAAAGUGGGCAUAAGAUAUCAGAAAUUAUGGAUGCGAUUAAGGAAUCUAAGAUUUGUAUAAUAGUUUUCUCUAAAGAUUUUGCGUCUUCCACAUGGUGUUUAGAUGAAGUGGUUCGCAUACUCGAAUGCAAGAGAGGUGGAAAUUAUAUUAUACCAAUUUUUUUUGGCGUAGAACCAUCCAUUGUACGGAAACAGGAGCAGAGUUAUGCAGUAUCAUUUGGUAAACAUGAACAACGUUUUACGGACAAAAUGGACAUGGUACAGCAUUGGAGGGAUGCUCUCAAUGAAGUGGCUGCUCUCAGCGGUUAUGAUUCAAAGAAUAAAAGACCUGAAUACAAGUUUAUAGAUGAAAUUGUUGAAGAUAUUUUGUCAAAGUUGUCUAGAUACCCAUCAACCUAUGAUCAUUCCAAGCGGGGCUUGAUUGGAAUUGAAAAUCGUAUUGAGGAAAUUGAAGGAUUAUUAUGCAUUGACUCAAUGGAUGUUCGCACCAUAGGUCUUUAUGGCAUGGGCGGUAUUGGAAAGACCACCUUUUCUCUUGCUGUAUUUCAAAAGUUAUCUCAUCAUUUCGAAAGUCAUUGCUUUCUUCGCAAUGUUAGAGGAGAAUAUGAAAAGCAUGGCAUAAUGGAAUUGAGAAAGCAACUUCUUUCCCACCUGUUCUAUCAUGAUAAAACUAUUCAAAGCUUGGAAUCACAUCAUCUGCAAGAGAGACUCUGCCGCACAAAGGUCCUUAUAGUUUUAGAUGAUUUGGAUGAUGCAAUAUCCCAAUUAAAUGAAUUGUUACCUAAAGGGUAUAGGUUUGGUGCUGGAAGCAGAAUCAUUGUCACAACUAGGGAUGCCCAAUUGGUUAAAUCAAAGACAGAUAAAGUUUACGAGGUUAAGAGGUUAAAUGAUGUUGAAUCUCUUAAGCUGUUCUGCUUACAUGCUUUUGAAAAUAAUUGUGAUCUUGAAGGAUACUUGGCCUUAUCAAAAAGUGCGGCCAAUUAUGCAGAUGGCAAUCCAUUAGCUCUUGAAGUCUUGGGUUCUUCACUUCGCUCCAAAAGUGUAGAAGAAUGGAAAAGUGCAUUGGAUGAGCUGCAAACAGAGCCAAACCCAAAAAUUGAAAAAGUGUUGAGAAUAAGUUUUGACCAAUUAGGCAAAAAAGACAAAAAAGGCUUCACUCCCAUCCAGGAUGUGUUUCUUGACAUUGCAUGCUUUCAUGACAAUGGAGUUGAUAGAAAAUUUGUAGAAAGCAUAACACAUUAUAGUGGUGCGACCAAAAAAAUAAGUGAUCUCAUUGAUAAGUGCUUAAUAAUUGAAGGUUACAACAGAUUGUCCAUGCAUUCUUUAAUACGACAGAUGGGUCAGGCAAUUGUUUGUGAUGAGAACAAAGAACCAGGAAAUCGUAGUAGGCUGUGGAAGGCUAAGGAUGUUUGCAAUGUAUUGGAGAGAAAUACGGGAAGCUGUAAAAUAGAAGGCAUAUUAUUGGACCAGUCUAAACUUCAAAAGACUGUUAAAGUGACGCGUACAGCAUUCUCAAAAAUGUGUCAUCUACGAUUUCUUAGAUUUUAUGAGGAUGAGGCAUAUCAUGGACGUGCUCUUGAUAGUAAAAUGUAUCUUCCUUCUAAGGGUAUUAAAUAUCUUUCCGACGAGCUAAGAUAUUUGCACUGGGAUUUAUACCCUUCAAAAUAUUUGCCUUCAAAAUUUAGUCCAGAAUAUCUCGUUGAAAUUGUUAUGCGUGGGAGCCAACUCGUGGAGCUACCUUGGAAUGAAGGCCAGCCCCUUGGGAAUUUAAAGAAAAUCGAUCUUAGCUAUUGUAAGGGCCUUAUUCAAAUACAAAAGUUAUGUGCGGCUACAAAUCUUGAACAGAUAAAUCUUAGAGGUUGUUCACGUUUGGUUCAAGUUCCUUCAGGGUUUGAGAAUCUGAAAAAGCUUGGGUAUCUAGACUUGAGUUGCUGUGAGAAACUGAAAGAUGGCUUAGAAAAUCUUCCACUGAAUAUAGUGUGGCUAUUAUUGUCUGAGACGGCAAUAGUUGCAUUGCCCUUAGAAUUUCAGCGUCUUUCGAAUUUUCAAGAUUUAGGUUUGAAAUAUUGUAAGAAGCUGGAAGAUAUACAAAAUAUUUCGAGUUCGAUGUGUAUAACUGAAUUAAAUUUGGAUCGGACAGCAAUUAAAACUCUACCCAAAAGCAUUUGGAAGAUGAGAUGUCUGAAAUAUCUGAGUCUUGAUGGUUGCCCAAACCUGGAAAAGCUUCCAGAAAUCUCAUAUGAUUGUAUGAGUUCAUCUCUUGAAUUGUUGAAAAUAAGUGGUUCUACAAGAUUGAAGUCAAUACCGGAAAGCAUUUGGAGGAGUAGUCUGAAAGAGCUGACUCUUUCGGAUUGCCCAAAACUGGAAAAGCUUCCAGAAAUCUCAUAUGAUUGUAUGAGUUCAUCUCUUGAAUUGUUGAAAAUAAGUGGUUCUACAAGAUUGAAGUCAAUACCGGAAAGCAUUUGGAGGAGGAGUAGUCUGAAAAUGCUGACUCUUUCGGAUUGCCCAAACCUGGAAAAGCUUCAAGAAAUCUCGGAUGAUUGCAUUAGCUCAUCUAUUGAAGAUUUGGUUUUAAGUGGUUGUAUGAGAUUGAAAUCAGUACCAGAAAGCAUUUGGAAGAUGAAUAGUCUGAAAAGGCUGACUCUUAUGGAUUGCCCAAACCUGGAAAAGCUUCCAGAAAUUUUGGAUGAUUGUAUGAGCUCAUCUGUUCAAGAGUUGGUUAUAAGACGUUGUACGAGAUUGAAAUUUAAUCCAACGCAAAAUUUGUGUGGGGCUAUAAGUCUUAGACGGAUGAUGAUGGAAGGUUGUACAAGUUUGGUUCAAGUUCCUUCAUGGUUUAAGAAUCUGAACCAGCUUGUGCACCUAGAUUUGGGUUGCUGUAAGAAUUUGAACGAUGGCUUAGAAAAUCUUCCAUUGAAUAUAAGGGUGUUAUCAUUGUAUGGGACGGCAAUAGAAGGAUUGCCCUCAUCAUUUUGGGAUCUUGAGGAACUUGAAUAUUUAGAUUUGAGUCAUUGUAAGAAUCUGACAGAUGGCAUGGAAAAUCUUCCAUUGAAUCUCCAAACUUUAUUUUUAAGUGGUUGUACGAGAUUGAAAUCAAUACCAGUGCUUCCAUCAGGUUUAAAUAUUUUGGAUGCAAGUAACUGCACAUCGCUGGAGACAAUGUCAAGUUGGAGGGAUCUUAUGUCAAGUUGGAGGGAUCUUCAACAACUUGAAGGAACAACGGAAAAGUGUGAUUUUCAAAAGCGUCAGGCGGUGUAUCCAGGAAAUGAAAUCCCAGAGUGGUUCAGCCAUCAAACUGAUGAUGGGAACUCACUCAAUAUCUACCUUCCUCCUAAUUGGUUUUCUAUUCAUAAUCCCCUCUUCGAAUUUUUUUUUUCCCUUGUUUUUAUGUUGGAUGUAUCUGAGCCUUACAUCUUCUUAGAAAUCAAUUUCAAAACCAACGUGAACAGUGAUGAUCGUCUUCAUGGUCAUUAUCCGAUAUUACAUACAUUAUUCUGUGAUGGAGGUCGGGAAAUUUAUGGAUGUCUAAUGGAACAUGAUCACGUCUUAAUAGCGAACGCAAAAUUAAAUUUGAGAGAUGUUUUUGGGGAGGAGUGGUCCUCUGUUUGUGGCAAUGCCACCGAAGUUUCCUUCCGUGUGUCUAUAAGGGGAGCUGUGGUCAUCGAUUGGGAGAUAAAAAAGUUUGGGUUGGAGUUGGUAAAUAUGUGGGGUACUGCAAGUAAAAAUAAAAGACUAUUUAGUGAAUGUAGUGGUCAACCCAAUGGGUACCAAGACGAGGCGCAUGAUCCUCACAUCAAUUCCAAGAGAAUUAAGGCCCAACAAAUAAUUAAAUGAAAAUUUCACGAGGCCAAACACAUUGAUGGCUCUACUUCAAGAUUCUCAAGGAUUUAGAAAUGCAAAAUUUCAGUAAAUAUGCAACCGUGCCAAUACAACAAUGUAGAAAAUUGUGCUGCUUUUGGCGUCGUUAAUUUUUUUGUUUGGCUAUUUUAAUUUUUAAUGAUGGAGUUGGGUGAACAAAUAUUGCUUCUUAAUAAUUUCUUAUACUAUCGAAUUAAGUAAUGUGAUUAGCCAUAUAUACCUUUGUUCUA